AUGGUGGAACAAGUAGACUUGGUGAUCAUAGGCGCAGGCAUUUAUGGCCUGACAAGCGCAUCCACAUAUCAUCGUCUCCAUCCAUCAUCUUCUAUACUCAUUGUUGAUUCUGCACCAGGAGUUGGUGGACCAUGGGCAUCACAUCGCAUCUUCCCAGGUCUCAAGACGAACAAUCUGUGGUCAAUGUACGAACAUCCGGACUUUCCUAUGGACCAAGACAGAUUCGGCCUCAAGAAAGGGGAUCAUGUGCCUGCUAACAUUAUGCUGGAGUACAUUGAGGCGCUUGCAGAAUGGAGUGGAGUGGACAAGUUUGUGCGAUUGAAUACCAAGGUCGAUGUCAUCGAAAAGACAAGAGAGGAAUGGGUGCUGCAAUGUACCAUGCACCUGAAAGCUGAGCAAAUGCAUUUUAUACGAACGAAGAAGCUCAUCGUGGCGGCUGGCAAUACCAAUAAGCCGCACAUGCCGCAGUUUCCAAGAUCGCCCGACUUCAAGUCGCUGGUCGUCCAUUCGAAGGACUUUCCAAUUCACUAUGAGCAAAUUGCUAGAUCCAGCACGCACACCGUUGUUGUAGGAAGUGGCAAGUCAGCCUGGGACGUCUCUUAUGCUUGCGCUACACAACAAGACUCCACCGUUACGAUGCUUAUACGCUCCUCUGGCAACGGACCAAACUGGAUGACUCCAUCGCACGUCACUCCCUUUUCUAUCUGGAUCGAAAAGCUAGUCUUCACACGGGUUAUUGGCUUCAUGUCGCCCUGUCCGUGGGCGGAAACGUCUGGCAUUGAAGGAUGGCUUCGCUCAUUCUUACAAGGUACCUGGCUCGGUCGCAAAGUCACAGCCACUUUUUGGAAUUUCCUAGGUAAAGACAUCAUUUCGCUCAACAAGCUCGAUAGGCAUGACGAGACAAAGAAAUUGAGACCCUGGAGAGGUGGCUUCGAUAUCGGCAACUGUCUCGGUAUUCACAACUACCCCACAAACUUCUUCGACCUCGUGCGCGAGGGACGUAUCAAAGUUCUAUUCGACGAAAUCAGGAGCUUUGGUAAAGAUCGCGAGAUCCGCCUCAAGAGCGGAGACACACUACAGGCCGACGCAGUAGUCUGCGCAACAGGCUGGCACAUGAACAACGCCAUUACCUUUCACCCCUCAAAUCUAGCAUCCCAACUCGGCCUCCCCUCCCGCCAUCCCACCCCCUCAGACCAAGCCUUGAUCCAAGACUCCGAGACCUCCCUAUUCACCCAAUACCCAUAUCUUAAAACCCGCGACACAAGCCGCCUACACCACCCCAACCCUUCUCUCCGCUACACCCAGAAUCUCAACCCAAACCUCCAACCAUACCGCCUCCACCGCUUCAUCGUACCCCCACACACCCUGCACGACCGUAACAUCGCCUUCGCAGGCGCCCUCCACGCCAUUCAAAACUUUCCCUGCGCAUACAUCCAAUCCCUCUGGAUCACCGCCUAUCUCGACGGCACUCUGCGCCUUCCCAUCGCAACGCACGACCAGAUCCGCGCAGAAACGUACCGGCACACGCAGUACUGCGUCGUCAGCGGCCCGACGGGGAUAGGCGCCAUGAUGCCGGAUUUGGUGUUUGAUACCCUGCCUUAUUUUGAUGUCUUGUUGCGGGAUUUGGAGCUCGAGUGGAAGAGGAGGGGUGGGUGGUUGGGGCUUGGGGAGUGGGUUGGGAGUUAUCGGACGUGUGAUUAUGGGGGCUUGGUUGGGGAGUGGGAGGGGCGGGGGCGGGGAGAGGGGAAGAAGGGUGUGUGA